GCUUGACCGCCGCUGCUGUCUGUGAUGCCCUCCCAUGACGCCCAGGCUGGGAGCUGACACUGCCGGUGAGCGGGAGACGCCACUGAACAGCCGGUCCUGGGCCCGCGCCAUCAGCUGGGCUUUGCCCUCGCUCCUGCACGCUGGAGACUACUCCUCCACCCACCAACCAGUAUCCACAAUCUUCAGCUAUAUUCCGUCUCAGUAAGGUACGCUUAAAAAAAAAAAAACCCAAGAAGCGAAUACUGUCGGUCACCAGCACCAUCCGUCAAAAUCCGAAGUCUCUUCAACAGAAUCAGCAGCACCAGCACAGCGUUUACCACCAGCAGCAGCAGCAGCCAUCAUGUCCGGUCGUAGAAAGUCCUCCACCCCUUGCAUGGUCCGGGUCAUGAGCGACCUGCCCGAUGAGCAAGAAGAUCCAGAGGAUGUGGAAAAAAUGACUGACAACGUUGUGUUAGAGAAUGAACUGUCAGAACCUUCGGAAGGCAACAGGAAAAAAGAUUUGCCGCAGGAAAAUGCAGAAAACACAGACAAGAGGACAUUUCUAAAGCAGGUGGAAACACAAAACCUUGAGCCAUUAGUACAAGAGGAGGAGUCUGAUAAAGGAGAUCAAAGUCAUGUGAUGGAAAAUGUAAAGAUCAGUGGAUUGAAAGACAAAGAAACUGAAUCUGAGCAGGUGUCAGAGAAAAAGCAGCCUAGAGGCUACAAAUGCAAAUACUGUCCAUUUCUGACGCAGAAUCUGAGUGACUUUAAGGAGCAUGUAGACUCCAGGCACCCUAACGUCAUUCUGAAUCCACUGUAUCUCUGUGCCGUGUGCAACUUCAACACAAAGAAGUUUGAUUCACUUACAGAGCAUAAUGAAAGCCAGCACCCAGGUGAGACAAGCUUCAAGUUUAAACGGAUACAAAGGAACAAUCAAACUAUCUUAGAGCAGACAAUCGAAGGCAAAGACAAUUCAGUUGAAUGCAAAAUGACGAACGAACAUGGGGAAGGCAACGGCAGCUCCUUGUUUUCACAUUGCAUAUCUACAACAGUGAAAACGCCCAGUAACGUACAGUCACUCUUUGGAGGAGCAGAGCUUCAAAGCCAACUGGACGGCUUGAUCCAGAAGGAUCAGAUCACAGCGUUGAACAUCAACGGAACAGUUAUCAUACCUGAACCCGCCAUGCUUCAAGGGCUCUCUCAUGUCACCCCAAUGCUUCAGCGCCCACCCAACUUUAACUCGGUACCAAAAAUAGCAGUUCCCUUGAACACCACCAAAUACAACCCUUCUUUAGAUGACAAUUUGACAUUAAUCUCUUCCUUUAACAAGUUUCCUUACCCAACUCAUGCUGAGCUGUCGUGGCUCACGGCCGCCUCCAAGCAUCCGGAGGAGCAGAUCAAAGUCUGGUUCACCACCCAGAGGCUGAAGCAAGGGAUCACCUGGUCUCCAGAAGAGGUGGAGGAAGCCAGAAAGAAAAUGUUCAAUGGUUCAAUUCCUCCCUCCCAUCACACAUUUACCAGCCCUAUGUCUCAUCCCGCUGCCAAAGCCUCCAAGCAGCCUGUCGUCCACACAACCGUCGAGCACCCAGGUCAAGUGCGGACUAUUGUUUCCAGUGAAUUAAGCAUCGUCUCCACCACAAGUUCUUCUUCAGGGGCAACAAUAGGUUCCAGCCACAACCUUAAACGAUCCCUUCCUACACACUUAGCUUCAGCACUUGGUCCUGAGGCGAAGCGACCCAUCAUGGCGGUCGCCCCCCAUUCUGGUGACCCUAAAGACAAACUUCUUAUGGCUCCUCCACCACCACCUCCACCCCAAAAAGACCGCCUACCAAUGGCUCCGCCACCAGUUCCUAUGGAAAUUAAAAGAACUGGAGCAGCUUCAAUGGUCAGUGCAGAAAUGAAAAGGCCAUCUUUCCCAGUGCCUUCAAUGCCGCCACCAUCUUCCUCAUCAGCACUACUAUCUUCCUCUAAAGGGAAGAUCCUCUCUGCAACUGGAAACUCCAAGACCAAGCCGGUUGUCUCUUUGCCCUCCAUGGUGUUUCCGGAGUCCUUAACAAGGCCGAUGAUAGCUCCUCCUCCUAUAUAUGCCCCACCAUUCAAAAACUCUUUGCUCAUCCCUCUUGGUAGAAAUGUUACUCCCAAAGAAAAACAUGCCAAUACUCACCCUUUGCCUGAUUUGAACCUGCCAAACUCUCCUCCGCUGAUAAACUCUCACAUAAGGCGGCCACCCAUCAUCCAGUCUGUCCGCAGUCCAGUUAAAGUCCCUUCACAAAUUCAGGGGUUCUCUCUGGAGGGCAAAAAGCUAAAGGAGCACCAGAGUGUGGAACUAAAUGCCGGCUACCCCAGAGGAAAUAAGAUUGUCAGUCCUCUGACUGAGGCUAAUGGGACAUCUCGUUCAGAUGGUAAAUUGUUCCAGGACCAGACGUUCCCUGCUCAUAAUAACGGAAUCAUACAUUUGGAUGGUGGCGAUGCACCAGCACUACAAAAAACAGAUUUUCAUCAAAAGUCUUCAGUGAUGACCCAGUUCCCUUUGCUGGAGAGGAUGAAAGGAAAAACAGCAAAACAACUGAAAGUCUUGGAGGAGAAUUUCUUGCGGAACAGCUUCCCCACACACAGCGACGUGGAUAAUCUUGCAUCCACGACCCGCCUGUCUCAUCAGGAAAUUGACAGCUGGUUUGUGGAGCGCCGUGCACUACGCGACAACCUGGAACAAGCUCUCCUGAACUCCAUGGGCACCAAGAAGUUGGGCAUUCCUGGUAUAGGAGAGAAACAGCUACAUCCACAGCAUCAACAGCAUCAAACCCUACAGCUGAAUGGGGUCCACAAAACAAACACUAAUGUGGUCAACCUUAAGAGUCCUCCUUUUCCCUCGCAUGCCCUCUCCAUUCCCUCCUCCAUCCCUAACUUAAAUACCUGCUCAGUGCCUCCAGACAGCCGAUCACUGGCGCUCCUCAAGGACGAUUUUGCGCAAACACGGUGGCCUUCCCCUGAGGAGCUGCACCAGCUGGAGGGUCGGAAAGGACUCGCUCGCUGGUUCACCGACACCCGGCUACAGAAUAUGGAGUUGACAGAACUGUUUCACAACAAUGGAAUAAACGGAGGGCAUGGGCAGCCUGCGUGUUCCCCGGAGAGAACAGCAUCCAGCAUCAUCCAACGUUGUCAGGAAGGAGCUGUGACGAACAACAACAACAAAGUGCUCGAGUUGGAUCUGGGUUGGCUGUUGGACCAGCGAUCCAAUAGUCUGAACAAUCAACAGCAUGCUGAGCUCCACGACCAGCUGGCUGGCAGACUGAGGCAGCAGAGUAUGGUCGAAAUGAAGAACGGCUCCCAGAACGGGGGAGUCAUGGGAGGAGCGCGGGAGAUGUUCGGGAGCUGGCUGGAGGACGGGCCUCUGAGGAUGGGACGGGAGCUGCUGCUGGACAGAGAGAGGAAGAUGGCGGAGGAGACGUCCGGGCGGCUCACAGGUUAAAGAUUUUCCGCCAUCGCUGCUGCUGGAAACACAGGAGGAAAGAAUCUGAAGAAUGGAGAAAUAAAAGUUUUUGGGGUUUUUUCUUUCUUUUUUCUUUUAAUUGACAGAUAUUGUACUGUAUUAUUAUUUUUUAAAACCAAUUCUUAUCUCUUGAUUGUCGCAUCCAAGGUCACGCACAACGCCCUCCUCCAUCCUGUCUGAGGUAACCUCCUCGGUGUUUUAUUCCUGAUGUUACUCCUGCAGAGAAGGAAGGGAGGGAGUCGAUUUGAAGUAGGACUGGGCUUAAGAGGCGGCAGGUUUUAUUAGGAGGACCCAAGAAACUGAAAUCUAAAGAGCUCAAAUAGAUCUUCAGUUUCACAAUCUGUGCAAGUAAUUGAAAAACCCAUCCCUUUAUAAUACAGCUCAUAUUUAUAGUUCUAGUUUUCACUGUGAUUUUGUGUUUAACAAAAAUAUUAUACAAACAAAACAAGAGACAUUAGGGCUAAUUAGCAAUGACGAGUUUAGUGCAGAAAGCAAUGAGAGACUGAUUUAAAAAUCAUGCAAACAAUCAAGAUCUGAUGGCCCAUUUUAGAUUGUUGUUAUACGUCUAAAGUUACCCAUAGAGUGUAACCCUGUAUGGACACGCUGUCAGGGGACACUUUGAAGGUUUACCAAGGUCUUAAACUAUUAUGGUUUCUAAACCUCUGAUCCUACAAUUAUAAGUGCUUUUAUUGCUUUCCAUAGGAAGUGCCUGACUUGUUUCUCUCCUCCAUUUAUUAACACUGCAUCUGAGCUGGCUGAAACAACGACACCUAAAAAUGAGCUUGUUUCUCAUCCCCCAACAAUCAAAAGAUGCGAUGUGGCCCAAUCCGUCUCUCCUGUUAAAUUACCAAAGUAGGUCUAAUAAGCAGGCGACUGCAGGCUUAUUGUCUGAGCUGGUUGCCGUAGAAAUUAUUCAUUCACCAUCGGCUUGAUGCAUCUUUUUAAUGCACUAAUACUUAAUAAGUGCAGUAGUUCUUGAAUGCAUUUAUAUUUAGAUGCCAUAAUGCACUUUUUUUUGCGAUUCUAUAUUUUGACCCAUUUAGUUUCUGACAUGCUGAGAAUCACAAUUCAAUGAAGCCCAUUUAGCUACUUAGUAUCCUGCUUUGAAUUCAGGCUAAACUGGAUUCAUGGUUGUUGAACUGAGUUUAUGUAGAAAGCAGAACAAUGCUUCUAAAAUAUUUUAUUUAUUUAUUUUUUAUUUACAAAAAAAUGGUACUGAAACACUUAAACUAUGAUGAUUUAAAGUAUUUUUCUUUAGUCUAAUAUUGUUGUUUUAACAAGUAAAAUUAUGGGAAAAGUGCUAAACUGCUUCGGAAGAGAUGGCAAAAAGCAGUUUAGCUGCGGCUGUGUCUUGUGCUCCGAAAAUUUAAAGAUGAAUAUUUUCUUCUCAAAUGUUCAAAAA